AUGGCAGCAGUUCUACAGUUCUGCGUGGAGGGUCUCUGCCUCGUGUACCACAUUGCUGCGGCCACAAAAUGGCCAAAGCGCCUCAAAGAGUUCCUACAGGAGGAGAAGUUGUUCACCUUUGCCAGUUUCAGCAUUAAAAAUGACAGGGACAAGUUGAAGAUGUCUGGUUUGGAGAUAAACCCCAACAAGCACAUCGACAUUCAGCGCAACUGGAGAGUUCCAUACAACGGAAAACCGUAUGACUCCUUGGCUGAUGUUGCAGCCAGCGUCAUCCUCCCAUUCUACAGCAAGAUGAAGAACAAGAUCGACAAGCAGGCAGACCAUAAACUAUGGGGGGUCAGCCCACUGCCAGAUUACUUCAUCGAGUACGCAGCAAUAGAUGCGUACGCUACCUACAAGUCGUGGAAGAUAAUCAACAACAUCAAAAGAGGUCUGGAAAUUUCAAAAGAGCAGGAAGAGGACCCCUACUACCACUGCCACUAUGCGCGAUGA